GUGGUUCAUGGUGUACACGGUCACGGUGUCCGCCAUGGUUUACUCCAUCUACUGCACGUAUCUGGAAUUCAUGGAGAAACCGUUGUUCACUAGCGUCGAAACGGAAUACUUCCCCACGUACCAAUUAUAUUUCCCAGGGGUGGCGAUCUGCAGCAUCAACCGGAUAAGUUUUCGAUCGGCGACGGAGCUGGCAAACGAAAUAUUCGCGGCGAACAUCACCGAUUUGCCCGCGGACGAGAUUCUCAGCAUGAUCUCGCAGCUGGGCGAUCUUUACGACUCCGAGUUCACGCCGCAGAACCGCUCCAAUCGAAUCGAUCAGCUUCUCACCGUGUAUCACAAAGGCUCUUACGAUAUCGUCGACGUAAUGAAACGAUUGACGCCACAGUGUUCCUCCAUGCUGUUGAAGUGUCGGUUUCACGACAAGGAGUGGAACUGCUCGGAACUGUUCACGUUCCGCAAGACGCAGGACGGCUACUGCUGUACCUUCAAUUACGCGACCAAAGGGGACGAUACGCAUCUGGACGUGAAGCUGGAGUCGAUGAAGGUGGAAGAUCUGACCGAGAACGGGGGGCUGUUGGUGGUGCUGGACCCGUUUCUAGACGAUUACUUCUAUCCUAUUUUCCCGAGCGCUGGCUGGAAGGUAACGAUCUUCAAUCCGCACGAUUAUCCGGACACAACCAGCGGAGGUGUGAUCGACUUUUUAGUCUCGCCGAGGGUACACCGGAGCGUGCAGCUAGAGGCAAUCAUGUUCUACAGCGCAAGGAGAAUUAUGUCGCAUUCUUUGGAGAAACGCGAUUGCGUGUUCGAGGAUGAACUGACCGGGCCUCAGAUGUUUUACACUUACAGCAACUGCAUUGUCGAUUGCAAAGCUCUGGACAUGUGGAAGAUGUGCGGGUGUAUACCUUUCUUUUUGCCUAAUCGAGAGUCUAAAAAGGUGUGCAACUUGGCAGACGUGCCGUGCUUGUCGCAGUAUAAAUCUAAAUGGUUGUCCGUGGUACCGCACGGGAAUCUGUACGACCACGACGAGGAGAUAGAGAAAACGAACACCCUGUAUUGCAAAUGUUAUCCCGAAUGUAGCGACGUGAAAUACAACGCGAAGAUGGCCAUGUUCGGUUUGGAACACGUCUCCGAGAUACUAAGAGACAAGGAGGUCAAAAAUCAAUCGGUGAUGACGAUAUAUUUCAACAACUAUGGCACGAUCAAUUUGAAACAGGACGUGAUCUAUCGCUGGUACGAGCUCAUGGGUGAGGCCAGCGGUAUUUGCGGCAUCUUCGUCGGUUUCAGCCUGAUCGUGAUCGUCGAGUUCGCUUAUUUCGUCGGGCUGUUCGUGCUCGAGCUUUUAAAGGGACCAGCCACGUCGGACAGGGAUGGGAACUCGGCCGCGGGCAAACGAACGACGCCGAUACAGAAAAUUUAUUGGGGCGAGUUGUAUUCGUACGCGAGAACGACAAAGAAUCAACGUGAUCGAGCUCGUGGUAAAUAUUAACACUUUUCCACGGUUGCCAACGUUCGUUUGAAUAAUGCCCUGUCGCAUUUCUGCUACGGUAAACUUCACCAGUUC